UUCCCGGAAAAUUUCUGGAAGCCCAUCUCCUUCCCCUUCCCGUGUCGAGUCAAGUUCUUCACUUCAAUUUUCUACUCCAAAGGAAGGACGUAUGCUCCGUUUCCCAUCUCUGAUGAAAAAAACCCUAGAUUCUUGAAUUACACGCUCUGAACUCUACACUCAAGAACGAUGUCGCUUGCUUUCCAGUACCUUUCACUGAGUUCAUCUUCUCCUUCCCCUCCCCCUCCCCCUUCAACCUCUUACUUCUCCGUCUUCUUUUCCAGGAAUCCGUGCUUGUCUCUUGGAUUCGCUCCUGGCCGCUUCCCAAACGCUCCGUCUUUUCAAAAUUUUGAUUAUAAGCUUCGGAGAACUUUUAAUUUUGGUUCCAUUAAUGCUCAUCACUUGUGUCCUCGAGUUUCUACAUCUGGAGUAGGCCGGGGACACAGUGGUGAUGGUGAUUUCGAUAUCGAUUCUUUACUUUCAGCUGCCGAGUUGUUUUGUCUCGUUACGUCGUUGAUCGCUUCUGUUGGUUUCGCUCUGAGUUGCGCGAAAGCCAGCUCUAAGAGCGUGUUCUUGGCGGUGUUCAGUGACAGGAUUUUCGUUGGCGCAAUUUUGUUUCUGGUGGCUGGGGUUGCACUUGGUGCUUGGAUUCGUAGGCGGCAAGGGAAUCGAUUUUUUCGACAAACAGCGAAGGGCUUAUUAGAGGUGAAUUUGGUGGAAAACACUAACAAGCUGGAGGAGGAUUUAAGGAGCUCAGCAACGGUGAUUAGAGUCUUAUCGAGGCAGCUGGAGAAGCUCGGGAUUAGAUUUAGAGUUACUCGAAACGCUCUGAAGAAGCCCGUCGAGGAGACUGCAGCUUUAGCCCAAAAAACUUUCGAGGCCACUCGAGCAUUGGCAGUUCGAGGGGAUAUUUUGGAGAAGGAGCUUGCUGAAAUCCAGAAAGUCUUACUGGCUAUGCAGGAACAGCAACAAAAGCAACUUGAAUUGAUUCUUGCAAUAGGGAAGUCGGGAAAGAUAUGGGAAAGCAGACAGGAGCACAGUGGAGGACAAAGUUCUACUGGGAGGCAUGAUCUGGUCGACGAACGCUUAAAUCAAAAGGAAGUCCAGGACGCUUGAGCCCUUUGGAGAAGAGACUGGAGAUAGCUUAGGAUUCUUUAAUACAAGUUACCAUGGCAGUUGUUGCACAAUGACAGAAUAGCAGUACGGAAUAUGAGUUUUGUGGCAGUGUAGCCUAUGGCAUUUAUCACUUGAUACUUCUUGCCAGAAAAGAUUUUGGGUCUCCAUAAUGUGCGAUUUAAUGGGAAAUGAAAAUUGGACUCAGAUAGGAAGUGUACAGCGGCAGGGGAAGUGUAAUCAGGGAAAUGUAUUCGUUACGGGUCAUUGUGAUAAUGGAAUAAACAUUCUGCUUAACCAUUGUAAUUUUGAUUUUUCGUUGUACCAAGGUGGUUCACAACCACUUCCAUCUUUUAAAGCCAUUUGCAUCUGAAGUUCCCCUCUCUUCCACUGCGCCCGUGACAUCCAUUCUGCUUAACAGCUGUAAUUUUAAUUUCUCAUUCUCGUCCAGGUCGUCGGCAGGCCAACAGUAAAUUCAGAGUUGCAGACUGAGCGAGCACUAUUCUUCCUGGAUAUCUGACGGUCUCUUAAGUUCAGUCGGUCUGCUUUGUAUGCGAUCCUUCAUUUGAAUUUAUCCUCUCUAAUCUUUUCUGAAUAUGAACAAGUCAACAGGUUCAGUCGUAGCUGAGAUUCUGUGGAGUCCUUUACAGGGAACUUUUACAGGGGCGUGGACGGCAAUUCAAAUGAAGAGACGUCAGGCUGGGAACCUGCAACUUGCUUUUUUCAUGUCAUGGAAGCUACGACAUGCAACACUUGCCCUAUCAAAACCAUACAAUUUGGUGGUUACGGAAGGGAAGCUGGUGUUCGACAGAGGCAUGUAACAGCCAAGUUCUUCAGGUUCGGUUUAUUGAUUUCUCUUUGUUAAGUACAGGGAGCCCAAAACAUGAGAAGGCCCGCGUUCAUAAUGAGUUUUCCCACUGCGUACCAGGCUCUUUUUCUUGGAGUUCGGUAAUGUUUCGGAAUGAUCUGAUGCAUUUGAUAACUUAGUUGACUAAUUGCCCUGUAAAAAUAAAUCAACAGGUCUGAAGGGAGUCGAGGAAUGUGGCAGAUUAUUUGCAGCAUUCUUUUCGCCUUUUACCAGCAAACACUGCAUCUUCUUUAUCACACAUCAUUGUAUUAUAUUCUGGGCGAGUAGGAUCUGCUGACUUGACACUUUUUCAUUCAUUUGGAUCAACUAUGGUCGCCUGUUCUAUAAAAUUUUAAAUAUUUU